UGUCACUGUCAUUGUCAUUGCCAUCACAGCAGAGUUCCAGGGUGGUUGGCCAGGUGUGGCAGGGUGGGGCACCUGCCACCAUUGGCAUUGGCUGUUGGCAUUGGCAUUGGCAUUGAAUGUGUUCAUUUUCAGGAGGACGGCGUUGCACUGCAACUCGCAGUUUGCAGGGCUUGUUUGUCAUCAUUGGUGGUCGCUCUUUCUUGUGGGUUGAUAUCUGCACUAUAUCCGCGUAGUGGCAAGCAGUGGUGCCGUCAACGACAAAGUUUAAUGCAGAACAUGAGACUUCACAAUGUACGGGGGUCUCCGCAAGUUCUGGCUCAAUGGCCCUCGUCGGGAUGUCUUCGCCCGCAUGUCAGGCAGUCUGCAGAGCACCCUUUUAUCAAUCCAGGAAGGGACUGGCCGUCAUGUCGAGGCCCCGCUGUGUGGCAUACAUGAUAGCCGUGCGUUCGGGGCUGCUGCUGCGCUGGCUUCCCCUCCCACCCCGCUGCGGGUGCCAGCGCCUGCCGCUGCGGCGGCUGCUCCUCUUGGAGCAUUUCAGCCGGGGGCACUGCCGCAGCCAGGCUUCCGCCAGUUUGCUUUGAGCGAGGCAGUGGUGCGUGGCGCGGAGGGCGUGGGCCUGCUGGAGCCCACCGAGGUGCAGCGGCGCGGCAUACCGCUGGUGCUGACAGGGCAGAGCGCCUUCCUCUCGGCAGAGACUGGCACCGGCAAAACGGCGGCGUACGCCCUCCCCCUGCUGGAGCUCCUUCGCCAGCAACUGGAGCGCGAAAGAGGGGGCAACCAGGACGGCGAUCUGAAUGAGCAUUCCCCCCUGCCAGAGGGGUUACAGCGGCCGCUGUGUCUGGUGCUCACUCCUACAGCCGACCUGGCGUCACAGGUGCACGCCCACUUUGUGGCCCUCGCGCGCGGCCUGCCGCACGUGCGCGUGGACCUGCUGACGGCGGCCUCCGCCACGCCCCCCGCCCGCCAGGCGCAGCUGCUGCUGCAGCGGCAGGCGGAGGUGCUGGUGGCCACGCCAGGGCGCCUGCUGCGCCUGCUCCAACAGGCAUCCGCAGGCCCUGCCUCCGCGGCGGGCGCGCUGUCUUUGGCGGGCGUGCGCCACUGGGUGGUGGACGAGUGCGACCGCGUGGCGCGCAUGGGCCUGCUGCGCGACGUGCAGCAACUCUUCCCCUUUCUGCCGCGCCCGCCCAAGGACGCGCAGCAGCCGCCCAUGCAGGUCCUCCUAGUGUCCGCCACCGUGACCCCCGAGGCGGCCUUUUUGCUGCGCCGCUUUGCUCCCCGCGCUGCCAGCGUGGCCCUGAACCCCGACCUGCGCGUGGCGGCCGCCGUCAAGCACGUGGCCUACACGGUGCACAGCCGCAGGAAGGUGGCGCUGCUCGAGUACCUCCUCAAGCGCAAGGGCUCCUUCAGAGACAGUCAGGUGCUGGUGUUCACACGCACGCGGCAGCGCGCAGCGCGGCUGGCCGCUGUGCUGGCCGAGCGGGGCGUCCCCGCUGAGGCGGUCCACUCGGGCCUGACCGGGACGCAGCGGUGGCGCGUGGUGGAGGCGUUCAAGGCGCGCGCGGUGCGGUGCGUGGUGGCCACGGCCGUGCUGGGGCGCGGCAUCGACAUCCCGGACCUGCCCACCGUGAUAAACUUCGACCUGCCGCUGACCCCCGAGGACUACGUGCACCACGUGGGUCGCACCGGGCGGGCGGGCCAGGCCGGGCUGGCGGUGUCGCUGGUGAGCGCGGACGCGCAGGAGGUGCUUAUCGGGGGCCCUCACCAGCGGGCCGUGCUGCGCGAGGAGCAGUUCCUGGCGGCCGUGGAGGCGCUGACGGGGGAGCGCGUGGAGCGGCGCAAAGUGCCGGGGCCGUGGCGGGACGUGGAGCGGGAUCGGCUGGACGACACGCUGGCAGAGGGAUCCCGCCGAGGAGGGCAGGGGCGAGCGAGCGAGACGGACAAGCGCUCGGAGAGGCUGGGAAGGAGCAACAAAAAUUCGGAGGGGCAACAGAGCGGCCCUACCACGCUUGCCGACAGCACUUCGGGGCCGGGUGUGACGGUGACGGAAGUGGUGGAGGGGAUGGAGCGGGGGCUUGCCAGACGGGCUGGGAUCAAACGGCUGAAGGACGUCGAGAGAAGACCGCGAGGAAGGACAAAAAGAAGGAGCGGAAGAGUGUUCAUGACAGCCGCGCCAAGCGGAUAACGAAAAAGCGUGGAUGCCAGCGAAGCCCUUUUGUUGUGGACGGGGGAGCAGUGGAGCUGGCACCACAGACAGACGUUCAUUCAAGCCGCCAUGCAUGUGAGAGUGGAUAUGCGAUGGUCACCUUGAUCCGAAGGCAUCGGCAGCGGUCGUACAAGAGAGGCACAUGCUAAGGAAAGGUGCGUCAGCAGCAUUGUGGACUUCCAUGGAG